UUCUUGUAUCAGAAAAAGAAAAACGAAAGCAGUGAAGCUAGGGCUUGAAUCAACCAACCGAAGUAGGUUUGUUUGUAAUUGUACGAGUAACUUAUAAGGAUGUCGAUGGCAAGGGCGAUGGCUAGGAAGAUGGGGAUGGCUUGGAAGAUGGGAAUGGUGAGGGGUUUACGAGAAGAGUUUGCAGCGAAGAAUUGGAAAUUGAGCAGCAUGGUCAUGGAUCGAGGGAAACUUGCAUCGGUGCAACACCAUAGUAAUAUGCAGAGACUUAGGGAAGAAAUCUGGGACGAGGUUGAUAUAGCCUGUUCAAUUGACAAAGAGUGCCCCUAUUUAUCGCAGUAUGAACACCACUGUUUCUGGAACAACGAUUACAAGUCAUUGAAAGAGUAUUUGCAGCAUCUUCGGACAUUCAACUUGGACAAUAAAGAUAUGAAUCCCCAUUUCAAUCCUGCUGAAAUUCAACCAUACGAAAACGAAUUGGCUGAAAAAACCCAAAAAACAAGCUCUCCAAAUCGCUCACAAGAUCAUCAACCGAUUCAACAAGGAUCAGAGUAUAAAAAGUGGGCAGAAGGUGAAGCUGGAAUUUGCGAGGGUGGUGAGAGUAGUUGAUACUUAUCAUCGCUUGGUGCGGCGUAUUGUGGUGGAAGCAUCUAACCCUGAUGCUGAUGCUGAUGCUGGUAUCCCAUUCCCGCCAAUUAUCAGACUGGAAGCCACUUAUAAUUGGUACACUGGAAAUCCACACAGAUCUUCUUACCUUCCGCCAAUACAGUCACUCUCUUUUUGAUUCUCAAGUUGUUUGUGGUGGUUGCAUUUUUGGUCAAGAUUUUCAUGUAUUAUUAUGUGAUAUUCUGAAUGACCAUGUUAUAGGGCAUCUACAGUGUAGGGCUUGAUAGGUAGCUUAACCCUAUCAUGCUGCUAGCUACGUGUUAUAUAACUGCCGGAAAGUAACAAAUAGUUGGAAUUAUAUAAAGAUUUGUGUGGUUUACUCCAAUAAAAUUUGGAGUCUUUGUCUCUUGAAAGAGAGUGCCUAUUGUAGAUUGAAUUGUCAUCAUUGCUUGCAACAGAUUUUUGGCAUUAAAUGCUAUAUAGCUUCGGUAAUGUUCAAUCUUAAGGCUCCAUUUGUUUCGAUGGAAAACAUUUU